AUGUCCGGCCCGGAAGUCUCUCCGAGCCAGGCUCCGGCGCCCGCAACGGCUGCCGAAGCCCGAGAUUCCACCCCAAGCAGAGACGACGGGAUCCCCAUCAUGCCCGUCACCAGCGCCAGCGGCGCCCCUGGCCCCGCCGGCGCCCCGAUCCGACCGCUCCCCCGCCCGUCCGACUUUGGACACAGCGGCGGCGGGAGGGGUCCGAACAAGAGCGGCAAGGGCGGCGGCCGCCUCGGCGCCAGGCCCGUCGUCUUCCGCAGCACCUGGCAGGAGGUCUCGUUCGUCUUCAUGGCCACGGCGGCGACCAUGACGUCGUCCUUCCUGACGGGCGCGACGACCAUCAUCACGGCCUCGAUCGGGCGCGACCUCGGCAUGACGCAGGGCCAGAUGACCUGGAUCACGGCCUCGGCGGCCCUCUCGGCGGGCGCCGUGCAGCUCGCGCUCGGCCAGCUGGCCGACCUGCUCGGCCGCAAGGCCACGCUGACGUCGGGGCUCGCGGCCUUUGCCGUGCUCGCCGUCGUCACGGGCUUCGCGCGCGACCCUUACUGGAUGGACGUCUUCUGCGGCCUGCUGGGCGUGUGCUCGGCCCUCGUCGUGCCGCCCGCCAUCGGCAUCAUGGGCGCCGCGUACGACCGGCCCAGCCGCCGCAAGAACCUCGCCUUCUCGGCCUUUAGCGCCGGCAACCCUCUCGGUUUUGUCUUUGGCAGCAUCGCCUCGGGCGUCGCGGCCCGGCUGUUCAACUGGCGCGCCGUGUUCUACCUGCUCGGCAUCCUGUGGGCGGCGCUGGCCGUCUUUGCGCUGUGGGCGGUGCCCAGGGUCGAGGCGUUUGGCCACCGCCAGGGCGAGGAGGAGGGCGAGGGAGGAGGAGGAGGAGGGAGCAAGAAGUUUACCGUGCGCCGGCGGCUGGUGGUGUUCAUGCGGACGUUUGACUGGGUCGGGGCGGUGUUUACGCUGUUUGGCACGGGACUGUUUGCCGCUGCUGUUACGCUCGGACCGGCCGACGGCUGGAAGUCGGCGCACGUCAUCGCCAUGCUCGUCAUCGGCAUCUCGCUCCUCGUGCUCUUCGUCUUUUGGGAAAACUUCUACGAGCACCCGCUCAUGCCUCCGCAUAUCUGGAAGGACAGGAACUUCAGCCUCCUCAUCAUCGUCAUGGUCUUCGGCUUCAUGGCCUUCAACUCUGGCGCCUUUUGGCUGUCGCUGUACAUGCAGCAGGUCCUGCGCUUUGACGCGCUGACGGUCGCCUUGCACCUCCUGCCGCAGUGCAUCGCCGGUCUGAUCUGGAACAUCGUUGCCGGCAGCCUGCUCCACCGCGUCAACAACACCAUCUUGAUGGCCGUCGGGGCCGUCUCGUACUUUGCCGCGUCGCUGCUCCUGUCGUUCAACAAGCUCGACAGCAGCUACUGGGCCUUUUUCUUCCCCUCGCUCGUGCUGAUGGUCGUCGGGGCCGACUUCCAGUUCAACGUUGCCAAUAUGUACGUCAUGCAGUCUCUCCCGUCGCACAAACAGGGGCUGGCCGGCGGCAUCUUCAACACGACCAUCAAACUCGCCACCACCGUAGCGCUGGGAGUCUCGACGGCCGUGUAUAGCUCGGUCGAGCGGACAACCGAGGGCAUGGAGGACCCGGUCGUCAAGUACACGCGGGCGUGGCAGGUGUCGAUCGCAUUCUCGGCCGUCGGUCUCCUGGCUGUUCCCUUCCUGCGCAUCGGCACUCAGGGCAAUGCGACACACGAUGAUGAUGAUAACGGUGACCCUAUGGAAGCCACAGGCAUCCGCCCUGCUCAGCCCUUUCUCCCCGACGAGCCAGUCCAGGACGCCCCGCAGCGCCAUCCGCGCCGCUUCCGUAGGGUCCUCGUGGAUGCCGAGCGCCGCGUACUCGCCGCCGUCCGCCUCGGGCGGGGCGUCCCCUUGCGACCUCGGCGCCGUGACCAGGUGCGGGCUCCGCAUCUCCCACUUCCUCUCCGGCCCGCCGCCCCCGCCGCCCUUGUUCUUCUUCUUCUCCACCGUCAGCCGCAGGCGCGCCCUCAUCGGCGUCUCGAUGGCCGUCCCGCACACCUCGCCGUCCCCCUGCGCCGCGUGCCCGUCGCCGCAGCUGAGCAGCGCGCCCGGCGCCCGCACGGGCAUGAACAGCGCCGUGCCGGCGCGCAGGUCCCGCGUGUCCAUGUUGCCGCCGAUGGCGGCCCGCGGCGGUAUCAUCCCCAGGUCCGGCGCGCCCGGCGCCGGCGCCACGCCGACGAUGCCCAGGAAGGGCCGGAUCGGGACCGAUAUGCCCGGCGCGAAGACGGCGCGCCGGUGGCCCUGCGGCGACGUGGUGGUAGUCGCGUUGCCGCUGCUGCCGCUGCUGCUGCUGCUGCUGCUGCUGCUGCUGCUGCUGCUGCUGCUGCCGCCGUCGGACGACAGGUCCCACAUGUGCAGGUGCGGCUCCGGGAACUCGUCGGCGAGCAGGCCGAAGCCCGGGAACACGGCAGUCCAGCCGUAGGGGCCGGGCGUCAGCUCCAGGAUGUCCACGCGCAGGACGUCGCCCGGCUCGGCGCCCUCGACGUAGACGGGGCCGAAGGCCGGGUCCGCCUUGGCAAGGUCGAAGUCCCGGAUGGCGGUGCCGGCGGCGGCGUUGUCCGGGCGGAUCUGGUUGUUGCCGCCGUCUUUGAGGUCGAAGGUUACCUCGGAACCCGAGGGGACGGUCAGGACCGGGGCCACGGUGCUGGACCACUUGAGGUGGAGCUGGUGGGUGGUGACGUGGAAGGACCGGGAUGCCAUGUUCGGUUCAAUGUGGUUUAG